AUGACAGACAAUGUCGAGAAUAAGGAUUCAAUGAUUACGGCUUAUACAAGGAUUUCCCCUGAUUCAAGUGAUCUGCGCUUUAUUAAAAUUGUUAAGUUUCAACAUCAUGUAGAUAAGACACCAACAUCAAUUCCAUUCCCUUCACCAUUACCAAAUAACACUUCUGCUAGCAACCACAUCAAUCUAAAAACAUCUGAUGAUAAAAAAGUACAAUUGGGAAAGAAAAUUAUGCAACGAUUGUAUAAUGUUGGGGUUUUAUCUCGAGAUGUGAUCCAAAAAUGUCGAGAGAGCUCAUCUACAGUGUUCUCAUCUGAAUCUUCAGUAGUAGCAUCAUCUUCAUCAUCAACACAAAAUAAUUCAAUACUACCAAACUCAAAUAAUGGAUCUGAAAAUGGAGAUGAUCAUUCACUUCUUUCAUCACCAACAUCCCCAACUUCGACAUCGAGUGGUAUGUCCACAUCAAAUUCAAUAUUAUCGAAAACAAGUGAAACUUCAAGUUCACCGCCUGGAAAUGGCAAAAAGAAAAGAGGAAGAAAACGCAAAUUAUCACUGGAUGAUAAACAGAUACAGAUUGACAAUUAUAAGAUCUACAAUUGUAAAAUUAAAUUGAACAUGUCUCAUAACGAUGAAAAGUUUGAUGUUCGUUUACAGUUUGUGUAUAAAACAAAACCAAAAGUGACCACUACUCAUCACCAUAACCACCCCAAAAACAACAGCAAAGACAGUAAUUAUAUUAAUAGUGGUAACCACGCCAGAAAUGGAUCUCAAAACCACAAUGGAAACGGUGUCAGUUCCAGGGAUGCCAACUCCAGUUUCAGUAGUAACAACAACACAUCUCCCAAUGGACUUGCUAAAUUACUUAACCCAUCCCCAACAACAGAGACUUCAAAUUUGAGAAAUGGGAAAACAAAUCACAGUAUAGCUGCAACUGGAUCAAUAAUACCACUUGAAGAAGAGGAGGCACCAAACAUGUAUAUUACAUAUGACGAGUUGAUUAAUUAUUUACGAGACAAGAUAUUUUUCAAGGAAAAUAAGAAAAAUCUUCGUGGUAUCGAAGUUAAAAUAAACUAUUUAUUACAUUUAUGUACAUUCAAAUGUCUGAUCAAUGAAACUGAGAUUGAUAUUUAA